AUGAAGCAUGACGGCUCCUUGCUGCACGAAGCAGCCUUGUGUCCCGGCCCGCCACAGUUUAUGCAGCAUCCGCUUCUGUCCACAGGGCCCUUGCAGUGGAUCGCAAUAUGCCCAGGUUCGAGGCACCUGAAACACCUUACGGGGCCAAAUCGUUCCCGGAUCCUGCGCUGUCACACUGGCCGCACGACGACAGGGCACACUAGCGGAGGCAAAACCCCGGCCAGUGAGCUGGCCACACUAGGGCCUCGCCGAGCCCUAUAUAAAGCGCGCCACGGCACUGGAGAAGUCACUCAGUCGCUGAUUGCGAUUGUAAUCACCCAAGCAGCCAAGUCACUUUUUCUGGAACCAGCAGAGACGAUGCACCGCUUUCAAGCAAGCGCGGAAAAAUUCAGGGAGAAACUCGACAAGGCGGCACGCGGGGCUCCACGAACGCAGCUGAUCGACCCGAACGUGUGAUGCUGCGCGCACAAAACAAAUAAGUAAAAAUAGUCAGCAAGAAACACAAA